CUCCCCAUUACUCUUUCCUACACAACAUGACGAUCCAAACGACGGUUGACUCACAAACAGCAUCAGAAAUACGAAUCGCUAUUCACGAGUGUUCGAAAAGGGGGUUAUCUGACGCAUCGAAAUGGUUCGUGUCAUGCUUGAUAUUCCAGCUUCGUUCAUCGUACCCCAACGCAGGUUAUCUGAACUUCUAUUGUCAUUACCGUUGUCGAAACGUAAAGCUUCGCUACCUUCACCACUUCUCGACGCGACCUUUUCAACCUCUACACCUGCUCGUAGUCGGAACUCGCCCCAUCCCGAUAUGAACAUGAGCAUGUCAACUGAAGAGCCAGUUGGAUCGCCCAUUCCUGGUAGACAAAGUCAAUCUACACCCCAACCGGCAACGCAAAGUCCAGAGUUCCAUUCUCAUCGGCAUCCCCACGCACCCCAUCUGCAAACUUAUUCGCCAGAUUCCUGGAGAGAUGCGGAGGAGAAGGAUAUAGAUCAAUUGGCUACAGCACGAAGUUUCAUGCAGUUCAAAGAUUACGGACGCGUUUCUUCUGUUUUGAUAGGUUGUACGAGCCCUAAUGCAACAUUUCUUUCGCUAUACGCCCGGUUUCUGGCGCACGAGUUGUCCUCGGGCAAAAACUGGCAUAACUUCGAUCAUAAUCGACGCCCACUCCCGCUCGGACUUGACCAGAAAUUUCACCAGUUAUUGGGCGAAGUGGCAAACACCACCGACCCUUUUCUACUCUAUUUGAAAGCUCUUUUCUGUUCGCGCCUUUCACUCCGUGAAGAAGCUAUCGAAAAUGCGCUGCUUUCUCUUGCUGGUUUUCCUUGGUGUUGGGCUACUUGGUGUUUACUCGCAAGUUGUAUAGGCGACGGGGAGGAACUCUCAUCUCUAAUAUCAUUACUUCCUCUGCCUCCCACACAUCCACUGGUCCAAAUAUUCCAAGUCAAGACCCUUAUUGACUUACACAUACCCACUGAGAACGAGCUCAGUUUGUGUGAUCUCCUUGUAGGCCCUGAUCACUUCCCAGGUAGUCUCUGGAUCAUGAGUCUCAAGGCUUGCGGUUUUUUUUACAUGCAUGAAUUCAACCAGGCUGAGAGCCAGUUCGAUCGGAUUCUCGCUCUCGAUCCGCAAAGGAUAGAGGACAUUGAUAUUCUCUCCAACAUUCUCUAUGUGACCGAUAAUCGGCUGAAGCUUACAAAACUUGUCCACGACUUUGUGCCGCUUGGCCAAGACAAACCAGAAAUAUGCUGUUUACUAGGAAAUUACUACUCUCUCCGCGCGGAACAUGCCAAAUCCAUCAAAUAUUUCCGCCGGGCUGUCGAGCUUGAGCCAAAAUUCUUAUCAGCAUGGACUCUGUUAGGACACGAGUAUGUGGAGAUUAAAAAUUCUCAUGCAGCCAUUCAGUGCUACCGACGUGCAGUUGGCUCUGAUCGAAAGGACUAUCGAGCAUGGUAUGGCCUGGGGCAAGCAUACGAAUUAUUGAAUAUGCACCAAUACGCUCUGCAUUACUAUCAGUUCGCGGCGGCUUUGAGGUAUGGUUUUCCACGGCUCUAGUUGUCGCUAGUAAUACGGUGUCACUUGUAGACCGUACGACGCACGGCUCUGGCAAGGCCUUGGCCAAUGUUACGAAGAAAUGGGAAGACUCCGGGAAGCUAUCGAAUGUUACAAGCGCGCCUUGAUUUCGGCCAAUCCGCACGAGAUCUCUGUGAACAUUCUAUUAGCGAAAGUUCACCGAGAUUUAGACGAACUUUUUGAGUCAAUAGCUUACCACCGACGAGUAGUAGAAGUGUGCCAAGCAGACUUGCGGCCCGUGCAUGAGUAUGCCAAGUCCGCUUUGGAAGUGGCCGAAUACCAAGUGAAGAUACCAGACGGUGAUUUAUUUCUCGCGCAAGAGUAUGUGGAAAUUGUGGCCAGAAGCAAUACAGAGGAAGUCAUGCGGGCAUCAGAGCUGUUGAAGGUCGUGCUUGCUGCCAUUAACGAGAAGUAUCAAGCGGAAUCUGACGGAAAUAAUGAAUUGGAGGAGAAAACCGUUGAAUAGACUUCUUCUGUAUAGUGGGGGUAUGUGCUAUAUAGUUGAAUCCUCGAACUUGAAGCAGA